AUUAUAUGGAUUUGGAUCGCCUGUGCCUCUGUGGGUCUCGGCGUCUAUACCGAGGGAGGACAACAAUCAGCUGAUCCACACACUCUUGAACAUCUCUCUCCCUCUGGCUGCUCUCAUCAUUUCGUCUGUCCCUGGGAAUGGGUUCCUCAGGUGGAGGAGCAGGGAGCAAUGACCGCUGGUGGGAGAACCCCAAGCUGUCUCCAGCAGACCUACGGCAGCACUCCGAGUCAUGGAGUUUGGCUGACGAUGCUGCCAUGGCAACCCUCCUCCAGGGCAUAUCACAGCGCUUGGUGGCUCGGACCCACGAGGUGGAGGGAGCCCUGGAGCGAUCCUUGGAAGAUGCCGACCGCCUCGUCACCACCAUUGCCAACACUAACAAUGCCUUCCACAUGCUGGCCAACACACAGUUCAUUGAGAAUAGAACAUACCAGGAUGAUGCAGACCUUGUGAGAGAGAAAAAAGAGGUGUCAGAGAAGCCUGCAGUCACAGAGGAGGACAUCAUAGGCCGAUGCAAGACCGCUAUAGCAGACGGUCUCAGCCUUGUGGCAUCGUGUUAUGAGCGCCAUGAAAUACAAGACUCGGAUUCAGAUGAUGAGGACAGUCCUGGCAGUCCAGUGCCUGUGUAUGCCCUCAUUGACCCGUAUGAGAACAAGCCUUUGCCUCUUAUCAUUGGGUCGGAAGCCUUCAUGGCAGAUGACAAAGUGGGCCUUGAGGUUUCAUCAAGUGAAGAAAACUCCAGAAUGACCUUCAGCCCUGAAGACACAGAAAGUGAAGCAGAAUUAGAGGAUGAGACAGAUCGAGUGACAUUGCAAUCAAAGGCCCUCCCCACCAGCAGCUCCAGGCCAGUGGAUGACAGCGACUCUGAUUGGUCAAUAGAAGAAGAUGGUCCCUUGCCUAACAUACCCAGUGGUAUCGUGGGCAAGGAAAAACCUCUGCAACUGUCCAGUGAUGAGGAUGAUGACAUGUUUGGACCCCCAUCCAGAAACUCGGAAAAGGUGGGCAACAUCUUUUCCAAGACUAACAACACAGGUGCUGCCACACCCACCACCCAUGUCAACAGCAGGAGGACGGACUUGGACUCUGACAGUGAAGAAGAAGGGUUGUUCGGAAAGCAACAGAGGUCAUCCAGUUUGUUUGAUGGCCCCAGACAGCCCUCAAACUCCCAGGGAAGCAUUAAAAACUCAGACCCUCUCCUUCCACCAGCCCCAGCCAAGUCACUAGGAGUAGAAAAUGUCAGAGCUAUGCCAGAUGCCACACCAGUCAAAGCUUCAGCUCCAGCCAAGUCUAAGAAGAUUGAGGCCAACCUGUUUGCUAGUGACUCAGAUGAUGAGGGAGACCUGUUUUCCAGCAAGCCAGCUGCACCCUCAGGAAGGAGUACAAAUAAUGUCAGCCACAGCCAGGGUGGGGCACCAGUGUCCAGCUCUGGGGGGCUGUUCUCCAGUGAUGAGGACUCUCCAGUGUUCUCAGGCCCCACAUCAACCUUGGAGCCUAAUAAUAGCAGAGAUGAUAAAGAGGAGCCUCCUCCACUACCUAAGGAAUCUGGAAGAAAGGUUCCUGUUGGAGGUGUGAGCAUCUUUGGAACAGCCAUCACUAAAGCUAUUCGACAGCAACACUCCUCAGAUGAAGAGCCUUCAGACACUGAGGUGCCCAGUGCAACCACCACCAAGGUUACCCAGCCAUCUCCACCCAAGCCAGAUAACAAAGCCUCCCAGAAGCCUGCAGGUGUUAAGAUGCCAAUAAAAGGUGGCUUGUUUGAUUCUGAUGAUGAUGAAAACUUAUUUGAUACACUUGUAACGAAACCUGCCAGUGUUGCUAAUGAUGUGAAAACUCAUUCUGGUGGAGCAGCAUCUCUUGAAAAUAAGACCAAGGCUGAUGAUAAGAGAAGCCACAUUGAUAAUGAAUCUACUUCUAAUCUGAGUGGUAAAGAUAGCACAGCAAAGUCAACUGGUGGGUUGUUCUCUGAUGAGGAGGAUAGCAUUUUUGGCAUACCCACCACAGUGAAGAGCAAAGACACUUCAUCACCUGCAAAUAAAUCAUUGGCAGAGAAGUCAACCAAAGUCACAAAAGAAUCUACCAAGGCUGAGGGGCAGGCAGUGAAGGCAUCCAGGCCUUCCUCAUUAUUCACUCCACCUGACUACUCAGCACCAUCACAGCCAGUCAAUAUUUCAGAACCCCCAAAGUCUAAUAUUUCUCUUUUCAGCUCGCCAAGUGAUGAUGAUGAUGAUAUAUUUUCAUCCAUCUCAAAACCUGUUCAAAAAGCAAGCCAUGCCUCAGCCUUCAUGACAGAUCCACCCCCUCUACCACCACAGGCCAGUAAUAGUGAGGCAAAGGCUGCCAGCAAGGGACUGCCACAACUUGGUGCACAUGAUGAUUCAAAUAAAUCCACAAAAGCCAGUCUUGAAGAAAAACCUAAAGAAUCCCUGUCUGCAAGUCUGUUCAGCUCUACAUCAGAUGAAGAUAUCUUUUCCUCAGUUACCACUCAAAAAAAUUCUCCAAAAAUUGCAACACCUGAGGUGAAUAAGGAAAAAGCUGAAUUCUCAAAGUCUGGGGAAGAGCCUGAGUUAGGUGCAAAAAUGGCUACAGUAGUCAGUAGUAAAAGUACAAGUCACGCUGAGGUAGGAGAUAAUGGAGGAAUUUUUGGUUCUCCAACUGAGGAUAUCUUCAAACCUAUUUCACAACCACCAAAGGAUGAGUCAAAGCAAGGUGAAAUAAUUAAACAAAGUGAUGAGGCCAAAGAAAGUCCUGCUAAAUCACUUUUGAAGAAGGAUACCACUACUGGUGCUAUUAGUAAGAAUGAUAAUAUAUUUGGUUCAACAGAUGACUUAUUUGGCAUCCCUGAAAAAUCAGAUAAACCAGAUGAUGAUUCCUCCAACAAAAAGGAAGAAAACUCACAAGCCCCUCUGAAGCCAGAGAAACAACAAACAAAUUCUACAACUACAAGCAUGGUGCCAGGAGAUUCCAGUAAGGCAGAUUCAAGAUUACAUAAAGAAAUUUCUAAUUCAGUGAAUGAAAUAACUCUGCCUCCCAGCCCAGCUUCCCCUGAGAGUAAGCCAAGUGAUGGUGGUGCACAGAAACCAAGAGUAGCUGCAACCAAACCACCUGUGGGAGGUGUUGCAUUGUUUGGAGGGAAAGAACUUGCUGCACAAAUUAAUAAACGUAAAACUUUGCUCGAACCUGCUGAAGAGAAAGAACAAAAAACAGAAAACCUAUUUGCUGAUAUUCAGGAGUCAGUCUCAGAAAGUGAAGAUCAUAGUAAAGCUCUUAUAUUUGAUGACAGUGAUGAUGACAUAUUUGGUAACAAUGCACAGAAUUUGGUAAAGAGUACAGCUAGUUCACUUUUCAGUCAAAGUCCUCCAUUGCUACCAGGAGAGAGUGAGAACACUCCUAAACAGCAGAAACCACAGAACACUCCAUUACUACCUGGAGAGAGUGAGAACAUUUCCAAAAAGCAGGAACCACAAAUCCCUCCAUUACUACCAAGAGAGAGUGAAAACAUUUCCAAAAAGCAGGAACCACAAAUCCCUCCUUUGCUACCAAGAGAGAGUGAAAACAUUUCCAAGAAGCAGGAACCACAAAUCCCUCCAUUACUACCAAGAGAGAGUGAAAACAUUCCCAAAAAACAGGAAACACAAAUCCCCCCGUUACUACCUGGAGAGAGUGAAAACAUUCCCAAAAAACAAGAAUUAGAAAAACUGCAAAUACCUCAACCUAAACCCAUAAAUCUAGAUAAUGAAUCUAAAAAAUCUCAAGAUAUUGAUAGUGAUCAGCAGAAAUCUAAGCCCGAGAAAUCUGAAGAGGAAAACAAAGAAGAGAAUGUCCAGAAAGAGAUAAAACCUAGGAAGAAACCACCUAUUGGAGGAGUGUCCAUGUUUGGCAGUGGUGGGAUGGGAGGCAGUGAGUUAUUUGCCAAGGUGCUGCAGAGGAAGAGCAUGCUGGCACCUGAGAGUGAUAGCAGUGAUGAGGACACAUCCACUGAACCAACAGGAGCCACCAAAGCCACAAUGCCUGCUGAGGAGAAGAGCACAGCACAACCCAAGCCUGUGAUACCUGUUGUGAGUCCAGUCUCCCCCCUCUCCCCACUCUCCCCCAUCUCGCCAGUCUUUGCUCCUGACUCACAUGAACCCAAGUCAGGCGGAGUGGAGAGCAGCGUCAGUUUUGAUGAUCCUGCCUCAAACACUAAUGUAUUACAGAGCAUGAAUAAGACUCGAGCAAGAGGGAGCAUAAAGCGCCGGCCUCCCAGCAGAGCUCACAGGAAGGGUGGUGCUGAGAAAUCUGAUCCUUCUGAUACUCAAGAGUCCACCUCCACAACUGAAAGUCAUCCUUCAGCUUCAAGCACUGCAAGUAGUCUGGAACACACAAACACUGAUGCAACUGAUGUUAGUAAGAGCAAAACAGAACCCCUACAAUCUGGUGAGAGAUCACUACAUCCAUCAGCAGACAAGGAUCAAGAAAAAAUUCCUAGAGAUGUUGGAAAAGAUAAGACAGAACCUGCUCCUACAAACAUGCCUACUGUCACCUCAAAUAAAGAUUUAAACUAUAAUGAAGGCAGUGUAGAGCCAGUUGUUGCCUCACAUGAUGGGAAGAAGAAUGUGGCACCUACAGAUAACAAGGAUGUGCUCAGUGCCCCCAAAAGUGCCUUGGGUGUGUUGAAAAGCAGCUCCAAACCAAGCAGUUCUUUGUUUGGAGGCAGUGACAGUGAUGAGGACUUGUUUGGGGAAGUAAAACCCAAGAAGAAUGUAAAGAAGCCCUUGACAUCUUCAGGAGAAACAAAUGUCACCAAAGCAGCAACCAAGAGUUCAAGAUCACACUCUCUGUUUGAAGAUGAUGAUGAUGAUGAUGCCAGCAUCUUCAGCUCCAAGAGUGAAACCAAGAAAGUGACAGCUGGCGCAUCAAGGAACAUGCAAACAACCAAACCAAAGGGAAACUUGAAGCAGUCAAGUGAGCCGUUUGAAGAUCCUCUCCUUGGCAGUCUCACAAAAUAAUACAUUUAAAUUUUAUAUAAGUAUACAGUGCUCAAGCUUGUAAAGGAAGCUGUCACCAGAAUAUGCCUUGACUACAUGGUGCAUCUGUCAUGGAAUGGAUAAGAAAUUGUACAACAGACCUCACUGAUCCACCUGUACUAAGAUCCACAGCAAACAGGCAAGCUCCAUGUGGCGCUGUGAAAGACAUUUUGUCAUGUUGGAAAAGCCUAAAAAAACUCUUUAUUCAGUAAUGUUCCUCCAGCAUGGUGUGAGGUACAUACUUAUCUCAGUGUGAGCGUUAUGCUGUAAUUCACAGUGGUGUCAGAUGCAGGCACUCCCAGCGGAGCCUUUCCUUACCAAGAGUUGUCUUUCAGACUGUACUGUGCCUCUCCAACAUAGCAGGUAAUGCAUUGACAUAUCGUAUAUUUACAUUCUCCAUUCCUUGAUUCCAGACAUCAUAGAUAUAACAGUACAUAGGUAUACUAAUAUUUUGGAUAAAACAUGAAGGUAAUUAUGAUUUUUAAUUAAUAAGACAUAUUACUCAGUGCCUUGAAAAAAAUGUAUGUAGAUAUUAACAUUUUUUUACUGUAACAUAACUACAACCUAAAUGUAAAAUGAUGGUAAUCAUGUUACCUCUGCCAUGUUCAAAUCAUAUUGUAUGGAUGUAUAAUUUAUAUGUUGCUCAUUAACACAAAUUUUUGCAAAAAUAUUAAUAUUAUUAUUAUU